GCAACACCAAUGAAGGUCGAGAAAUUUUCAAGGUUCAGAAACUAGCAUCUUGUUUCGCCAGCCCUUGUGGCAAAACCACCCUAGCCUGCGAAACCAAACCACCCUAGCCUUCUAGCCUACGCCCUCUGCACCCUAAAUCGCCAGUCAAAGUGGCGAAAACCACUGUAUGACUAUGUCGCCAGCUCCGGCGCCGGUGAUGACUCCUCAGCUCGCGUUGUAGCUCGCGACUGAUCUCGCCCAAGCAGAGAUUCGCCGUCUCCAGCUUCCGGCCGGAACCGCGUCCCCUAAUUGUUUCGUUUUUUUGUGUGGUUUUCGAGAGUUGAAAUUCGCGUUCCGGCGGCGAAACGAUGUCGUCGAAGGUGGUGUACGAAGGGUGGAUGGUGCGGUACGGCCGGCGCAAGAUCGGGCGAUCGUUUAUCCACAUGAGGUACUUCGUGUUGGAGUCGCGGCUGCUCGCGUAUUACAAGAGGAAACCGCAGGAUAAUCAGGUGGUACCAAUUAAAACACUGCUAAUUGAUGGCAACUGUAGAGUGGAUGAUAGAGGCUUGAAGACUCAUCAUGGACAUAUGGUUUAUGUUUUGUCUGUUUACAACAAGAAAGAAAAGAACCAUCGAAUUAUGAUGGCAGCAUUUAACAUCCAAGAAGCCCUAAUUUGGAAGGAAAAAAUUGAGUAUGUCAUUGAUCAGCAUCAGGGAGCACAACCAUCAAAUGGCAACAAAUAUAUUUCUUUUGAGUACAAAUCUGGGAUGGACAAUGGGAAGACAGCUUCUUCCUCAGACCGAGAAAGCCAGUUCAGUGCUCAGGAGGAUGAAGAUGAACCUCAUCCAAAUUUGUUAAGGAGGACCACAAUUGGAAAUGGUCCUCCGGAAUCAGUUUUUGACUGGACACGGGAAAUAGACUCAGAUUUGUCAAAUCAGAAUAUCAAUAAUCAAGCAUUCUCAAGAAAGCAUUGGCGUCUUUUACAAUGUCAAGAUGGACUUCGUACUUUUGAAGAACUUGGUGAAGUUGAUUACCUUCCAAGAAGCUGUAGUAAAGCUAUGAAGGCAGUCGGUGUCGUGGAGGCAACUUGUGAAGAAAUUUUUAAACUUGUGAUGAGCAUGGAUGGGACACGGUUUGAAUGGGAUUGCAGUUUCCUACAUGGUAGUUUAGUUGAGGAGGUGGAUGGGCAUACGGCAGUUCUUUAUCACCGACUUCAGCUAGACUGGUUCCCAAUGUUUGUGUGGCCUCGUGAUCUUUGUUAUGUGCGAUACUGGCGCCGAAAUGAUGAUGGAAGUUAUGUUGUUUUAUUUCGCUCUAGGGAACAUGAAAACUGUGGUCCACAGCCUGGGUGUGUUCGGGCACAUAUUGAAAGUGGAGGAUUUAAUAUUUCCCCCUUAAAACCUCGAAAUGGGAGGCCCAGGACACAAGUCCAGCAUCUUAUGCAGAUUGAUCUGAAGGGAUGGGGUGUGGGUUACUUGUCAUCUUUUCAGCAGUAUUGUGUCCGUCAAAUGUUAAAUAGUGUAGCUGGUUUACGUGAAUGGUUUGCUCAAUCAGAUGAAAGAAAUGCUCAUCCAAGAAUUCCUGUCAUGGUUAAUAUGUCCUCAACAGCUGUUUCUUCAAAGAAGAAUCAGAAGCCAAAUGAUUUUUCUGUCAAUCCUACUUCUCUUGAUCAAAUGAAUGCUACAAGCAGAAGUUCUGCCUUGAUAGAUGAAUAUUCUGAUGAUGAAGAAGAUUUUCAAAUAGCAGAACCUGAACAAGAGGCAUACCAAAUUGGUCUUGAGAAUGAUGUGAGAAAAACAGCCUUGGAAGAAGAACCGGCACAUGAAAUUGACUUUUCUUCCUUUUCGGGCAAUUUGCGCCGAGAUGACCGUGAUAAUGCUCGGGACUGCUGGAAAAUUUCUGAUGGAAACAACUUCAGAGUCAGAAGCAAGCAUUAUUGCUAUGACAAAACAAAGAAGGUUCCUGCUGGAAAACAUAUGCUGGACCUUGUUGCUGUUGAUUGGUUUAAAGACUCAAAAAGAAUGGACCAUGUGGCUAGGCGUCAUGGUUGUGCGGCGCAAGUUGCUUCAGAAAAAGGAUUUUUCUCCAUUGUUAUUAAUCUUCAAGUGCCUGCAUCAACACACUAUAGUAUGGUAUUUUAUUUUGUGACAAAGGAGUUAGUUUCUGGAUCCCUCUUGCAUCGCUUUGUUGAUGGUGAUGAUGAGUUUCGAAACAGCAGGUUUAAGCUCAUACCAUCAGUCCCAAAGGGCUCAUGGAUUGUACGCCAGAGUGUUGGUAGUACUCCUUGUUUACUGGGAAAGGCGGUUGAUUGCAACUAUAUUCGGGGUCCCAAGUAUUUAGAAAUUGAUGUUGAUAUUGGUUCUUCUACUGUUGCUAAUGGAGUUUUGGGUCUGGUUAUUGGUGUGAUUACAACAUUGGUGGUUGAUAUGGCUUUUCUUGUACAGGCAAAUACACCUGAUGAAUUGCCCGAGAGGCUUAUUGGAGCUGUUCGUAUUUCUCAUUUAGAGCUCAAAUCUGCCAUCGUCCCAAAACUGGAACCAGAUCCAUCAUGACUGACCGAGUCGUUUCUGUUCUUCUAUACAAAAUCAUUUGUUUGCAAUAUGCAGGUGUACCAUUUUUUUUCCACUGUGAUUUAGGUUCAUUGUUUUAUAAUUGGGUUCUUCUAUGAAAUCUUAAAAGGAAAUUCUUCUUUCCUUUUCCCCCUUUCUUGGUUUUUUUUUUUUUGUAGUUCAUUUAAGUGUUAAGCUGAUAGGAUCUGUAUUUUGUCAAUGUAUUCAUAUUCGGAUAUAUUUCAUCUGAUUAUGAAGUAUUGCCAUAUAGUUCUAAACAUUUUUUUUUGUAACUCCCAGUAAGUUAGAAGAAAAAGGGAAAGUUUUCGGUCAUUUCAUCCCGUCAUGGAAUUUGCUCGUGUAAUAAUGUACAUAGUUUCUCCUUCAUGACAUCUCUCAUCACCAAAGAUUGUAUCUACAUUUUGUAGUAAUGCAGUUUCUUUCUCAUUUCUAA